GCUAUAGUUUUUGAGCGUGUGAAAUAGCCUACUCCACCCCAACAGACCCCCAUCCGCCCCCCUAUCGACAGGUAUCUGAGGACACAGUAUGGGGGCAGCUGUACAAAGGGUUAACAGUAGGGGUGUGACCCUUUCCCGAGCUCUCAUCCCUCCUUGUGAGCUGAACUCUCUUCCUUAAGAGACUUCAGAGAGAGCGACAGCCAGGGGAUAACCUUACGAGCAGUCUGGCUGACAAGUAGCCGAAUUAGAGAGACUUGAACCUAUCUUUCCCUUAUUAUCAACAUGAAACCAAUUUUGAUUUAAUAAGGAAAAACACCCUCGUCUCUGUCUACCGCGGUAAGCGAAUGUGUUGUGACAUCCAAGACCCGUAACCAUAGUGAUCGGAUAACCAGGAAGCAGCAUGGAGCUUCAGAAGAUGAAUGGACACGAAUUUGAUGGCCUGGAGUCAGUGGCUGAACAUGAUGAGUUUUUGCCUAAGAAAGAUGGUCUCCCUAAAAAAGAAAACAGAUUCACAGACUUUGAAGGGAAGACCUCCUUUGGAAUGUCCAUCUUCAACCUCAGCAAUGCCAUCAUGGGCAGCGGGAUCCUGGGACUGGCUUUUGCCAUGUCCAACACUGGAAUCGUUCUUUUUAUAAUUCUGCUGUGCGCCAUUGCUGUCCUGUCUGCCUAUUCCAUCCAUCUGCUGCUGAAAAGCGCUGGAGUUGUCGGAAUCCGGGCGUACGAGCAGCUUGGGAACCGAGCAUUCGGUCAGCCAGGCAAAGUGGUGGCCGCCUCUAUUAUCACCGUCCACAACAUCGGAGCCAUGUCCAGCUACCUGUUCAUUGUGAAGUCUGAGCUGCCGUUGGUCAUCCAGGCAUUCCUGGGCCAAAAAGGGAACACAGGAGAAUGGUUCCUGGAAGGAAACUACCUGAUCAUGAUAGUUAGCGCCACCCUCAUUCUCCCUCUAUCGCUCAUGAGACGCCUCGGUUACCUCGGCUACACAAGUGGCUUCUCUCUCUCCUGCAUGGUCUUCUUCCUCAUCUCGGUCAUCUACAAGAAGUUCAACAUCCCUUGUCCCCUGCCUGGGUAUGGUAACAACAUGACUGAAUCGCUCAUUGCUCCUGUUAACCAAACGGGCUUGAUGGACGACGACUUCUGUCUGGCCAAGUUCUUCACCUACAACUCCCAGACGGCGUACACCAUCCCCAUCCUGGCCUUUGCUUUUGUCUGUCACCCGGAGGUGCUGCCCAUCUACACAGAGCUCAGAGAUGCUAACAAGAAGCGGAUGCAGAGAGUGGCCAACAUCUCCAUCCUGGCCAUGUUCGUCAUGUACCUGCUCACCGCGCUGUUCGGCUACCUCACCUUUUAUAUGGGCGUGGAGCCGGAGCUCCUGCACACCUACAGCCUGGUGGACCCCCUGGACGUGCUCUUCCUGUGCGUGCGUCUGGCCGUGCUGGUGGCCGUCACUCUCACCGUCCCCGUGGUCCUGUUCCCGAUCCGCAGGGCGAUCAUCCAGAUCGUCUGCCCGGACAAGCCCUUCCACUGGGCGCGGCACAUCGCCAUCGCCGUGGUGCUGCUGGUCAUCGUCAACCUGCUGGUCAUCCUGGUGCCCUCCAUACGCGACAUCUUCGGCCUCAUCGGAGCCACCUCGGCCCCCAGCCUCAUCUUCAUCCUGCCGGGGAUCUUCUACAUCCGGAUAAUUCCUGAAGAGCAGGAGCCUUUGCUGUCCUGGAAAAAGAUUCUGGCGGCGUGCUUUGCUGCGCUGGGAUUCAUCCUCAUGAUAAUGAGCCUGACCUUCAUCAUCACUGACUGGGUGUCUGGAGUCGUCCACAGCGGAGGUGGUCACUAGUUACUCGCCGACUCGGACAAAACAAGUACUUCAAUACCGAAUGGCGACCAAAGCUGCCCCGGUCCCCCGCCCAGCCACCUUCCCAUAACGGACCCCCAACCUUCCCCCCUCCCCCACCCUCCGUCUGCCCUGUUUUCUUAUCAUGGGGAAACCCAGUGAGUUUCCCCCACAUCCUCUUACCUCCCACGCAAAGGCAUUGACGCUUGGUGGGGGGGGAGAGCACACACAUUGAGAGAGAACACACAUAUCAUAACUAUCUUAACACUGCAGUUUGGCAUUUAACUCGUUGGUUGACACUGUCGAAACGCAACAGAGUCUGGCAAACCCCUAUAGAGAUGGCCUUGGUUCCUCUGGGGUGAAUCAGGGGUGAGGGUGUAGAAGCAAUGAAAUGGAACUGCCAAAGAUGGUACAGAUUGUGUGUAUAGAUUGGAAUAUACCAGCCACUGCCAUAAUUAAAACUUGUGCUACUUGAUAUGGCCGCCACCUUCGACCUCUAGAUGGAGCUCCAGUUGGAGCUGUUUUUGGAGUAUCCGACUCAUCUUGUGGCAUGUUGCAAUCAUUUCAUUCCCUCCCCCAACAAAAAGGCCAAAUAACUGUCAUUAUCUGAAUCAGAUAACAACACAUUGACUAGCAAUGACGGGUGAUGAGUGGCAACACAUUUUUCUACUCAUAACCCUUUUUCUACAUAUGUUUCUACAUAUAAACAUUCCCUCCAUUUUUUAUCAUCGUUAACUGUUGUCCAACAAGUGUAUCACGAUUGUUAACACUGUGGUUAAUGCGUCACAAGGAUUAGCCUGGCUAAUCUAGCAGCUUGUGGUUAGACAGGCUCUGUAUGUGUGCACAGUGCACAAUCACACACUAAACAUUUCCUGUCAGUGUAAAGGCUCGAUCAGCAUGUCGUCUCCUCUUUUAACAGUCAAGAGAAACCCUCUCAAAGCUGAUUGUAUUGAACCUGUAUCAUGUCAGUGUUGGUAAUGUUGAUAACCACAACUGAAACAUUCAUAUUUAUUUGUCUCACAGUUCAGAAGAAGUAAAUAGAAAAAGGCUGCUAAAGCUAAACUGUGUUUUUAUCCAUCCGAGUAAAAAAACCUACAAUGCAUUGCAAACCAAAACCCAAAAAAUGAGCCAUUUUGUGUCAGGUUGGGGUAGCCCGACUGAAUGGGUUUUAAUAAAAGACAACCAUGUGUACCUUAUGUCAAAUGAUAUAAUGUCCAGGGAGAGCCAUCAGAAUAAAAGUGCUUUCAAUGGACGGUAAAAACAAUGUCCCACUAACCCUCCCAAGGAAUUGAUCAAUUUGUAAUCUAUGGACCUUAAUCAAUCGUGUUGGUGGUGUCUUUAAUGUAUUUGGUUUUUGUUGUUUACUUGUUUCUUUUUAAAUUAAUUUGAAUUAUGCGAUCUGUAAGUCAAUAAAAUGUAUUAUAUAUU